AUGAUGGCUGAUGACUCUCAGCGAAACUUUCGCUCAGUGUAUUAUGAAAAAGUGGGGUUUCGUGGAGUUGAAGAGAAGAAGUCACUGGAAAUUCUGUUAAAAGAUGACCGAUUGGAUAUUGAGAAGCUUUGCACAUUUAGUCAAAGGUUUCCUCUCCCAUCCAUGUAUCGUAUACUGGUGUGGAAGGUGCUCCUAGGAAUUAUUCCUCCUCACCAUGAAUCCCAUGCUUUGGUGAUGAAGUACCGGCAGGAGCAGUACUGGGAUAUACACCAUGCUCUUUGUGUAAUUCGUUUUAUUAAUGAUUCUACUCCACAGGUAGAUGUUUUCCUCCGUAUACAUCAGCUGGAAUCAGGAAAAUUGCCUCGAAACUCUGCUUUUCCAUUGGAGCCUGAAGAUGAAGUGUUUCUUGCUAUUGCUAAAGCAAUGGAGGAAAUGGUGGAGGAUCCUAUAGAAUGCUAUUGGCUUGUCAGCUGCUUUGUGAAUCAGCUGAACAGCAAGCACAAAGAUUCAUUACAACAAUUGCCAAAAUUUCUGGAGCAGUAUUUGAACAUUGAAGACAACAGACUCCUGGUGCAUCUGAAAGCAUGUGCUGCAAUGAGCAAACUCCCCUAUGAUCUUUGGUUUAAAAAGUGUUUUGCAGGCUGUUUACCUGAGUCUAGUUUACAGAGAGUUUGGGACAAAGUUAUUAGUGGCUCCUGCAAGAUUCUUGUUUUUGUUGCUCUGGAGAUAUUAUUAACCUUUAAAAUGAAGAUAAUAGCACUGAAUACUGCAGAGAAGAUCACACAGUUUUUAGAAAAUAUUCCUCAAGAUAACACUGAUGCUAUCGUCAGCAAAGCUGUUGAUCUCUGGCGCACUCACUGUGGGACUCCAGCACACUCAGUAUGAGAACUUCCCUUGCUUAUGACAUCUUGGGGAAAAUAGGACAUUUAAAAAGACAUUUUGCUACUCUUCCCCCAUCCUAGUCUGAUGUUCUUCAUUUCAUCUUCGAUGUAAAGAUGCUGUUGAAGCAGCUGAUAUCAUACUGAUCAAUAUGUACAUAUUUUUUCAAUAAAUACAGAUGGAA